AUGACCCUCUUUAACCCGACCUCGAUUCUCGUGGGAUUCCUCCUUCUCUACCUCUCGUCUUUUUUCAUCUUCGCUAUCGUCCGGAUCGCGACGGGAAUUUCCAUUCAACGGAUCGGCUACUUUUCGCUGCGCCGAAUCGCAUACACCCCGAAGGAAGGAAUACACAUCGAAAUCCGUGGCCUUGGAUUAUCGUUACACCCCUCGUCAUUUGCCCAGCCAACAUGGAUCAGCAUUCGGUUGACAGAGCUGAAGGUUACCGUGGACUCGGCGACUCUGGGGCAAGAAAAACGCGAAACGCCCCGCGGCAUAUUGGAGACACCUAAACCAUCCGAAGACCGUGCCGCGCCCGAACCUGGCGGGAGAAGCAAAACAUGGAGGACGUUAACACGAAUCAAGGAACGUGUCAAGCGACUACACCGGCAGAUCAAUUGGCUGGCUCUCGUGGACCUGACUGCUAUCGACACAACCGUCCACUUCGUCAACGCCGGUCAGAUCCAGGUUGGAUCGCUUUCCCUUUCAGUCGACACGCGGAGGAAGAUGGUGGAACGGGGCAAGCUAUUUCGUCGCAAGAAGGAUAUGUCACAAGACCAACGCCCAGCUGAGUGGAUUAUGAAUGCUCAAAAUGUUUUACUCAACGUCGACGGCCGGGAGCCAACCGAGAUAUUGGAUAAUGUGGGCGUGAACCUUCAUGGACUUCUGCACAAAGAUCUGGACGGACUCAGAGACGCUUCGGUGGCCCUGAAGAUUGGACGUAUGCAUAUUCCCUACGACGAUGUCCGCACGAUAUUGCAACGCAUUAAGCCGAUCAAGAAAUCCGCACAAGGGCCAGCGAAUACCGAGACCGAUGACGAGAUAUCAUUUGCCGAUUUUGUGGACGAACUCGACAAGCCCGGAAGCAGAGACGAUGCCAUUGUACAGACUGUGGCGGACUCAAAGGAGUUUGCGAGCUCAUUACUUCGUGGUAUACAGGAGAUACAGAUUGCUCUGAGCUUCUUCCGUGUUUCAAAGGGUAUCCAGUCUCUGUCUGCAGGGCAAAAACCCGUAUACCUGAACGUGGUAUCGCAUGAGCUUGGAAUUGAUCUUCAUAGGAUGGACCCAAAGAGCCCGGAACAUCGCAUGUAUUUCCAGCGGAAUGAUGUUGCCCACCAGGCUCUUCUUGCUGCUAUCUCGCUUUCAGUCAGCUUAGAUGACGAAUCGGGCGAAAGUGAUAACAUUCUAUACAUCCCCAUGGCUACGACAACCAUCAAAACCACACUGCCCUCGAAGACUGUGAGCACCUCUGACGAUGAGAACGCCGAAGAGCGGAACACAAAUGUCCUGUUCGCAAAUUUGGUCGUCACAUCACCUUCCGUUGAUCUCCAACCGCAACAUGUUUCGAGGCUGCUGAAACUGGCACAAAGCCGAGCCUCUUCUCCUCGAGCCAAGAAGCGAGAUAAUCAUCGAUUGAUUUCUCGAUUACUCCCCAAGGCAAGCAUCAAGCUUUCUGUUCACGAACCUGUGAUCCGGUUUGUUCUCCCAAUCGAAAAAGAGUCCGGUACUCCCGACGAUUACAACCUCCUUAUCUCCUCCAUCUCUUCCAUUUCACUCGAUAUCGAAUCCUCUCAUUCAUCUGAAGGCGGUGCCCACUAUUCCCUAUCGUCCAUUUACCGGGUCGCCUCCCACAAAUUCUAUUACCAGACUCCGACAGGCAACAAACACAAUUUGCUCACAAACGAGAAUUUGGAGCUGAAAGCCCAUCUGAAUGCCACCCCCGAGGUCUGUGUAAUCGCCUCAGGAAGCCUUCACGAGUGUUCAGUCCACAUGAUCGAUGGGGAGGUAAACCGUGGAAUUCGUGAAGUUUUGCAGCAAUUCAUCACUCAGAUGCAAUCGCAGAAGCGGGUACCAAUACCGACAAAUGACCAAAAGGCAAGCGUGUUGAGACGAGUGCCCCCAUGGUUACUCCAGUUUCAGUUUGAAGCCACAGGGUCCAGCGUGGAAAUCGCUGGUGUGGACAGCACCGUCUCUGAUAUAUCUCGUGGUGUCUCUCUGCAACUGCAAUCGUGGACAGCGGAAUACAAAGCUCAGAAAACGGAGAAAAAUGUCGGAAGCAUUGCCAGGCGACGUACUCCCAGCCAUUCCACUAUCGGCGAUGAAUCACCCUUUCGAUUCCCUCCAACCUCGCCUCCCAAGGUCACCCACACCCAACGCGGCGCUUCAGAUGGUCGGCGACUGGCUUUCCACGCGCGUGGUUUUGACGGCUUUGUCAUUGAAUCAGAGGAUUAUCUGGAACCUGAGCCAUUCUUCUCUUUGCCUCGAUUCGAGAUUGCCCUAAGCACUCACAGUGAUCGCCUCGGACCCGUCCUGCAUGUCACCUCCGUGUUCAAGGGCAUAUACCUUCAAUACUCACUGUACCGAUUCUAUUGCCUCGGUGUUGCGAUCUCUGUGAUCCAAGACGUGCUCACGCCUUUGCCGGAAAAACACUCGCAGUCUGCUGAAGGCAAAUCCAGAGCGCCUGCAAGCAUAUCGUUACUGCCGCCUCCACCAUACAAAUGGUCUCCAAAGAAGGAGCUGGUCACCUACGACAUGAAGGCAACGGCUGUGCAGCUGAAGGCGAACUUGCCGAACGAUCCUCAAAUAAUGAUUCAGAUCUACGGACUUGCCGGUGCUUCUCAACGUCUUUCCACCCCUCAUGUUAAAGCCAGUCUUGUUCGCUUCCAUGCGGAGGCACCCAAGCUCAAGGGUAUUUGGGCAAGAAUCGGCAGCAUGAACAAUGUCAGGCUGGACUUCCGAAAAAUGAAGAUGAAACAUGGCAACACCUUGGUUGAAGAAAAAUCGAUCGAUAUAUGGACAGACUUCAUCCGAAUUGGCAUACCUCAUCAUAUGGUGAUGCAUCGCAUUUUUGAUAACCUUAUCAACACUUCAAAGGCUUUCAAACAACUGCAUCAUCGCUUCAAGAAUGGCUGCAAAGAAUUUGGCUCCAAGAGAGAACCAGAGGGCCCUAAGAAGGUGCCCAAGAUAUCUCUUCGCAGCAAAGCGUUGCUCUUCGAAAUGGAGGACGAUGGCUUUGAGUGGAAACUGGGUUGCAUCUAUCGAGUUGGCCUAAUUGAACAGAUUCAGCGGCUGGCCCGGGAAGACGCCUUCCAUUUGAAAUCUCAUAAAGUCAGGGAAUCUGACCAGCGCCGCGCCACAUCCCGAUUACGAGCCAAAUCGAGCCAUCGGACAUUGCGUAGCGAGCGAACUAGCCAAGAUACAAGGCGAAGUAGGAGUGCUGACGAACGGCCGAAAUCUAGCACCCAGGAACGUGGGAGAAGCCGCAAAUACCGCUAUGAUACCGAGGGCGCGACCUGUCUCUCAUCAGAGCAAAACAUCUCUGUGGAUUCCGCUUGGGGCCGACUUCAACAGUACAAUGCUCAAGUAUGGAAAGAUAAGAUCGAUGCAGCUCUCAUGUUCCAGGGCACUUCCAUCAAAGAAGUCCGAAAUCUCUUCUGUGGUGCAGAUGAACCUCCUCCGGAUGUGAAGGAGACCGAAACCAUUCUUGCUAUUCCGAACAGACCAGGUCUGAUGUCAGCUUUGAUCAGCGAUGUCAAUCUUGUUAUUGAUAAGCCCUCAUUUGCUAUCGAUGAGUUCCCCAGUUACUUGAACCGAAUUGGAAAGGGGAUGCCUAUGGAUAUGCAAUACGGCCUGCUCAUCCCAAUGAGCUUCAAUUUGGAAAUGGGUGAAGCACGCGUCACCUUGCGAGAUUAUCCUCUAGAUCUGUUGCACAUUCCAGCUCUGCGCCCAGGACAGUCACCAAGACUUCCCAGCUGGUCUUUGCGAACAAACUUUGUCAUUGCAGAAGAAUGGCGUGACCAUGAAUCUGCAAGACAGGUCGAAGUGGAACUGGUUCCUGCAUCCGAAGGGUCUGACGGCUCUCCCCGUGAUGCGUUUAUGAUUCCGGUGUGGCGUUCUGUUACACCAGUCAAGACCUACUCAGACCCCGUGGUCCAGAUAAACACAAGUUUGCCGACUAGCAUUUCAUGGGGUGUCUCAUACCAACCUGUCAUUCAAGAUAUGAUGAAGAUCAUUGAGGGGUUCACCAAGCCUGAGAUUGAUCCCUCGGAGCGGGUGGGUUUCUGGGAUAAGAUCCGACUCAGCUUUCAUUCCCGGAUCAAGGUUCUGUGGAAGGAAGAUGGUGAUGUACAUCUGCGACUCAAGGGUUCUCGUGAUCCAUAUGUGGUGACCGGUUUUGGAAGCGGCUUUGUCAUGUGCUGGCGCAGAGAUGUCCAAUUGGAUGUUAACACCAGUGAUAAUCCUAUGGAAUUCAUGACUGUCACGAGUGGCGAAUACGUUCUUGCUAUCCCCGACUACAGCGCUGAAGCACGUUGGGCAAACGAGGCAACUACAGAGGAGCUAGACAACAGUUCUGCAUCCAGCGAGCAGAAGAACGCCGCCCACUUCAAGAAGGUUGUCAUGAAGCUCUCUGGCGAUGUCAAAUGGGCAGCAGGCCUCGUCUUCGAGCGGGAUACUGACAAUGAUGCGAGGUCCUUCUCCUUCAAGCCCCAUUAUGAGGUCAUUCUCAAGAACCCCAAAUUCGUCAAACCAUCCGAGCGUGUUAAUUACGAUGCUUAUCGUGGCUUCCGGAGUGACCACAUCCACCUUUCUGUAUCGAUUAUUGCACCGCAAAACAGAGACUGGGCUGUCGACAAUGUUCAACCGUCUUCGAGCUACAAUACUAUCCAUCUCACACCGCGAUUCUUCACCCACUUCUUCAACUGGUGGUCUCUUUUCUCGGGCGUGAUGUCGCUUCCUGUUCGCCAAGGACCGCUCUGGCCAGGAGUGACAAAAACGAGCAAGAAAUUUAAUCGUCAUCUGGCAACUGUCAAAUACAAGAUUCUUCUCGCACCUCUGUUUGUGGCCCACAUAUACAAACACAAGGAUCGCGAAGACUACGCAGAAAGAGUUGUUACGGCCACAGGCCUGAAGGUCCGCCUUGAUUGCUUGAAACUUGAUAUUCACCAACGUCGCGAGCAGAUCAAAACACAUGCCGUGGGUCGUUCAAAACAGACCAGGACAAGCGCGAUGCGUAUCAAUCAAGCCCAAAUUGAUAUGCAAUCUGCAGACUUCCGCGCCGUGUCUGCCAGCAUCGCAGGCACAACUGCGGAAGAUGUCGAACGCAACAAAGACGAUAUCCUCUCUUCCUUCCAGCAGCCUGUCCCAUCAGUUGACUUGUCUCGGUUCACAAUCCCUGAUCACAACCUAGACUGGGUCGACAUGGAUGAUUUCGUGGAGCCGGACUGGAUCCUUCCACAGGAGUCGAAUCCUCGUACCCAGAUCUUACCUUUGGCUUUUACCCCGCGCUUCACCUACUUCCGCAACACAGAUCAUUGCGAUAUUGGACCCGAUGAAACGGGCUACAGCACGUUUGGGAACGAACCGACUCACGAGUGUGUCAUGUCUGAAACGAACGAUCCUCGCCGUGUUCAGAUUGAGUUGGUAAAAGACCGCCUUGCAAUAGUCGAGGCACAAAUUCGCAAUUAUGAACGCACAAUUGGGGAAAUGGAACUCAAGCUCAUGAGGGACGCAGAAAAUAAUGAAAACCUGAGAGCUGAGCAUGAGUUAUUCCUUCGCCAGUCCGAGUCUCUGGCGAGACGACGCAAGUUCUUGACCACAACUCUGAACCGUCUUGAGAGGAGCGUCACGCGUGACGAGCGGACGCCAUAUGGCGACACACUUGGUAAAAACGUGGCGCCCAGCACUGCUUCUUUCCGAACAGGACGAACAGGUCGGGAUGCUGACUCCACAACCGAUGGCCGUUCUUCAGGUCUGGAUGGGAUUUACUCGUCAGCCAACGAUGAGUUCGCGAGUGAUUUCAACAAUCGUUUUAUGAUCCACAAUUUACAGCUCAAAUGGAACAACUCCCUGCGCAACAUUGUCUUGCGAUACAGUCACCAAGUGAGCCAGCGACGUGGAUUUAUUUACUACAUGUCUCGCCGCGCUGUCAAAUUCAUCCUUGAUAUCGUGGAGGAGCAGGAAAAGAACAAACGCAAGCAGCCUAAAAUGUCUAAGACGCAAACCCGAACCUCGCACCACGAUGAGGAGCAGAAGGAGGUUCAUGAACGCAUCGAACAGUUGCUGAAUGAUGUUAACCGUUACGUGAAUGUCGACGAUAACGAGCCUGCGGACUCGAAUACUCAAUCUGAUUCGAACACCCAAUCUGAUUCAAAUACCCAAUCUGAUUCAAACCCCCAAUCGUCUUCUGAUUCGGACAAUUCGAGUGAGAAUAUCGUGCCGGAAUUCACACCCCAGAAUAGUUAUCACUUGCGUCUCAUUGCGCCUCAAAUCCAGCUUCUCAGUGAAAAGAACCAGAAGUCGGUCUUGCUUGUUGCCGCCAAAGGCAUGGAGCUCAAGGUCGUCUCAAUUAUGGACAAAGCGCGUGUCGCUGACGAUGUCAGCGGCUUGAUACAGCGCCGUUUCUCCCUCGAAAUGGACGGCGCCCAGUUCUUCGUCGCAACACAGAAGAAAUUGAUGGCGAACUUGCAAUUCUAUGCUGGCAAUAAGUACGGAAAUGCGCCCGGAUCAGCGUGGCCACCGUGGUUGACCUUGGAAGCCAUGUUCGAUUUUGAGCUGAAUCCAUUUGGAUUCUCUCGUAUUGUGCAAAAGACUUCAGCCACUCUGCGUUACGACAAGUUCAACAAUCUUCGCCUCAAGUACAACGAAGAGGUGGUAAAGGGUCAGCAAGGACCUGAUCCUGAGGACCAAGAAGACCGCAUAGACUCGAUCAGUGUGGACUUCCCUCAUUUCCGCGCGAUUUGUGAUUCUGCGGAGUACUAUUCUAUGUACAUCAUUGUUCUGGAUCUCAUGCUCUACAGCGAACCCCUCGAAAAGGUCCGGAAUGAGCGCCUGGAGAGGAUCAUGCUCACUUCCGACUUCAGUGACCUUCGUGGCGCCCCGGAAAUGGUGUUCAAGCUUCAAGCACGCAUUCGCCAGUUGGAGGAAAUCAAAGAUUACUUCCAGAUUAACGCCAAGUUCCUGGACAAACAGGGCUGGGAGGAUCGGUUGGCUCUCGAACGCGACUUGUCUCAAUGCGAGGAUGAGCUUUUCUUCAUGAUGAAAGCAAUCACAACUUCCCAACGGCGAAUGGAACCAAGUUCGUCCAGGGCAGCUGGUGUCCACGGCUUACUACGUUGGAGCAUAUCCGCGAGUGAAGUCGUAUGGCACCUGAUGAAGGAGGCUUCUGAGCCCCUGAUUGAGUUCCAGCUGCGUAAUGCUUCAUACGAACGAACCGACAAUACUGAUGGCUCGAACCACAACCUGGUAUCGAUCGAGCGACUAUUCGGGUUGAACUUGCUUCCAGACGCUAUCUACCCUCAAAUUAUCGCACCUUACCUCGACGGCGCGCGCACCCUUGAUGACUUCAUGUUGCGCGUCAAAUGGCACAUGCUGGAGGCCGUUGCCGGUAUCCCCGUGCUCGACAAUUUCGAAGUUUCAAUGUUCCCGCUCAAGAUUCAGCUCGAACGCGAGCUAGGCCAGAAAGUCUUCGAAUAUAUCUUCCCCAACGUGGGCUCCAGCGCCUUUGAGGCUGGUGGCUUCUCGCCUUUCAUGAUCAAGAACAUGAAGCCGCUUGAGGGUUCGGAUGGGGAAGACGAUGACGAAGACUUGAACGGCGCGCCACUGAGACGCUCAACGAGUAUCGAUGGUGAUAGCUCGUCUAUGGACAAUCUCGCCGUCUCUAAGGGACCGGGCUCCAUCGAACUGCGACUUCAGCCUACACUAUCGCUUUCAGAUGAGGCUAAGUCGCGUAAUCGCCCAGGCCAUCUGAAGGGUCUUGUGAUGACACCUAUCCACCAGGAUAGUUCUCGACUAGGUGUAUCGGAGACCGCGCGCAAAACGGGCCGUCCUGCCACGACUGGUGGUCUUAGCAAAAAGAAGUCCGCUGAUAGUCUGCGCGUGUUGACCAAACAGCCCACUGAAAGAUCCCUGUCCAGCCACAGUGCCGGCGAAGACAACCGCAAGAAGUUCGGAAUGGGUAAAGGGUCGAACAAGAACGGCAAAUCCAAAGAGCCAACCGACGACCUGUCCCAAAUGAUCUCCCGCGCCUCCAACUUCAUGACCCUCGCACGUGUGAAGGUGAAUGACGUGGUUCUCUGUAUGAGCUACAAGGGCAAAGGAGAGCACAACCUGGAGGAUCUCCAUGAUUUCGUCUUCCGCCUUCCAGUUCUUGAAUACAGCAACAAGACAUGGUCAAACCUGGAUCUUGCCCUGCGUCUGAAGAAAGACGUGAUCAAAGCCCUUAUCUCGCACGCCCCCGCCAUUCUUGGCAACAAGUUCUCCCAUCACCGACCCUCCAAGCAGCAACAAAAGCGUUUCCGUGAGCUUGCAAGCUCGUCUCAACUUCUGCCAAAUGCAUCCAACUUGAUCAACCCAAGCAGUAGCCAAGCCCAGAGCCUGGCCAGCUAUGACUCUAAUAGCGAUUACUCGGAGUCACGCUCACGCAAAUCUAUGCAGUCGAAUGCCUCGCCGUUGGUUAGGACCACCUCGUUGAGCUCAGACGUCCACGGCGUAAAUUAUUCAGAUCCCACCAUCCCUGACGCACGGUCCGCUAGUGAGGUGGAUGUAGAUUCUCGCUGGGAGGCAUCGCGUCGAUUUGUCAAUGCCCCUCCACCCCAAAGGCCGAUGACUUCUGGUAACCCCGUGACUACGGUUCGAUCCGGCAAGAAUGACCAGGAUGACAGUCACAUCAAAACAAUUCGCAGCAUCGGCCGGAAGUUGACAUUCCGGAAAUGA